CAGAAGCAGGGAAACGCACGAGUCUUGAUAGUAGGAAUUUUGCUGAGAGAAGUCGGCGUCUUCGAGUCCAUCACCGCCAUCACCGAUUGGAUCAAACGCGCACUUCAUCUUUCCACUGCCAGUUCCAUGCCGUUCUCGGGGCAGCGGAGGCCUGUUUUUCAUGCUCUAAUACUGGCCCAAGCCUCCUUUUUCUACUACUUCAAGCUCAAGCAGACCAAAGCCGAAAAGAGCGCGUCGGAGGCCCGGAUCUCGGUUCUCGAAUCCACUGUCCAGAGACUCAAAAGUAAUGCCCCAAUCACCGACGAUGAACUGGCACGGGUGAAACGGCUGGCGGCAUCCAGGACAUACUCUAUGGAUCUAGAUGGGGUUCAGCAAGAGCCAAUAGAGUGGAAGGAGGUCAUAUGGGGUCGCACGUCGAGGAGGAAGAAUGAGGACAGUUUGUCGGACGAGUACCUCGACAAGGUCGCAAAAGAAUUUGAACAAACAGUUCACCGAUGAAUUCCUGUCAUCUCUGCAAUACAUAUCUUAUAUACGAUCCCCCAAACGGUUUUACGCCGAGCCCAAGAACCAAUCCAACACCCCAUUACUGGCAGCGCUGGGCUGCUUCGAAGCGGGGGAAGGACUGGGAGAAACCUUGACUUUCAACUGAGCCGGCUUGGGCAGACGUUUCUUCGUUUCGUCCGUGGCUCCAUCAUAAAUACUCGUACGAACGCCUGCGUCGGGUCCUGGAAUCGUCGCUUUAUCAUCUCUCUUGUCGUGAAGGUCAUUUGCACGGGCUUCAGACGAUGCUGCCCCAGCCUUUGUUUCGUUUACCACCGGGUCCGUUGGUGUUCGACUUGCCUCCAGCUCCUCCAGGUGUCUUGUUCCCGGCUCCGGGACCAUUGUCG